AUGGAUAAGUGGCUAAAUAGAGCAACAGACAAUAAAUCUACGUCUGAAAACUGUCCAGUAAGUUCUGCUUCAAAGUUGGAAAGCGCAAGUCAAGAUGUGAAUAAUCCUAUGAAAAUAAGAAAAUGUUUAAGGAAAUAUGAUCCUGAGUACAUUAAUAUUGGAUUCACGGUCAUAGACGUAAGCAAUGAGCCUCGGCCUCAAUGUGUUAUCUGUUUUGAAAUUCUUUCUAACCAAUGUAUGAAACCGUCCUUAUUAAAACGUCACCUUUCUACAAAACAUUCGACGUUAGAAAACAAACCAAAGGACUAUUUCGUUCGAAAAUUGUCAGAGAUGAAAAGCACGAAGAAAAUUAUAUCAUCUUUUAGCGGUAGCACUGAAAAAGCAGUGGAAGCAUCUUUCUUAGUGAGCUUAAGAAUAGCGAAGUGUGGAAAACCUCAUACCAUCGGCGAAGAACUGAUUUUACCGGCGUCAAAAGAUAUGGUAACUUGUAUGUUAGGUGUUCCGUCAGCUAAACAACUUGAUAUGAUAUCACUGUCAAAUGAUACAGUUCGCCGCAGGAUUGAAAAGGAUUUUUUAUUUUGUGAAGCACUAUCAACACGAACUACCGCUGACGAAAUAUUUAAAAAGUUGAACCACUUUUUUGUUGAAAAUGGAUUAAACUGGAAAAAGUGUGUUGGCUUCUGUUCUGACGGUGCUCGAGCUAUGACAGGUAAACAUGGAGGUGUUGCGACUAAAAUAAAAUUGGUUACAGAAAAUUGUACUUUCAUACAUUGCAGCAUCCACAGGGAAGCUUUAGUAGUAAAACGUAUGCCAGAACAAUUUAAACUAGUACUCCAGGAAGCCAUAAAGGUAGUCAAUUUUAUUAAAUCUCGGGCUCUACAGUCUCGUUUAUUUACAAAACUGUGUUCCGAAAUGGGAAGUGAUCACAUUCAAUUGCUUUUACAUACGGAAGUUAGAUGGCUCUCUCGAGGAAGAAUGCUUAGCAGGUUAUUUGAACUACAUUCUGAGGUUCAGUUAUUCCUAGGAGAGACUAAUUUUGAACUCAAAGAUAAAUUGACAGAUAACCUGUGGAUAACAACAUUGGCAUACUUAUCAGACAUUUUCAAUCGUCUCAAUGUAUUAAAUUUAAGUUUACAAGGUAAAUCAAUAAACAGAUUUUCAAUGAAUGACAAAAUUAAGGCAUUUCUUAAGAUAAUUGAAAUGAUAAGUAAUAAUGUUUCGAAUGAAAACCUACAGUCUUUUCCUAAUUUGGAACAAUUUGUGACAGAACAUGAACUUCAAGUGGAAGCUGAUCUCGUAAAAAACAUAAGACACCAUUGCAAAAUGCUAAAAACAACGUUUGAAGAAUAUUUUAAAGAAGAUUAUUCUGAAUUUUUUUGGAUAAGAAACCCAUUCAUUUUGGAUUUGGAUGAUAUUCCUAAGACACUAACAAACAAUGAAAAAGAGUCUUUGAUAGAAUUGUCAUGUGAUGAAAGUUUGAAAAUGGAAUUUACUAAAUUAGAAUUGGACCUAAUAGAUUUAAAUAGUUCUAGUAGUGAUCCCUCUAAUGGGGAACUUUAUGUACCAAGUUAUAUCUUACGUAAAGCAAGAAAGACAAUAGAGCAAAUAGACAAACUUUUAGGGUCAACCAGGUAUUUUCUAAGAUACCAAGCGACAAACACAGAAAACGCAGAGCAUCCAGAGCUGCGAAAAGACACAGAGCAUCCAGAUCAUCGUCAAAUCACAGAAAAUCUCACAAAGACAGAAAAUCCAGAGCGUCCAAAGCCUCGAGCAAGGAGAAAAAAUCAACAAUAUACACAAAGGACAGAACAUCACAGAGACCCAAAGUUACAAAUAGGAAAAAUGGAAGACCAACAAAAUUCGAUAGCCGCCGAUUCUAAGGUAGAAUCACCCAAGGUUGGAGUAAGCGUCGAAGUAGCAAUGCGAGUAGUACCGAAUAUUGAUGGAACAAACUCCGACUAG